AUGCCAGUUGUCAGAGAUGAAGGUGAAACGAAAGCGCUAGUGUACCACAAUGACAUGUUAAUGAAGAAAAUCAUUGGAGAUGUCGAGAAGUUCAAAGAUCGUAAUUCGUUGGAGCUGACGAGUCAAAGAUUCAGACUAUUAUGUUUACAAACACCAAUCAGUAGAAGGAAGAAAUAUGCGAUUCGAUUAGAAGCAGAUCCUAAUUGGCCCGCUGUAUUCACGCUUCUGAUGCGACCACGAAAGUAUUCUUCUCGUCUAUCCAUUGUAACGUGCUCAGCUGAUCCAGAGGACAAACGUCAGGAGCUUGUUAGUUACAGAUAUAAAGAAAACAAGCAAAAUGCACACGAAUUCUACGAAGGUGUCCGCAAACGUCUUCUGAACCAGAUUGUGGAGUUUGAAAUCAAGUUUCGACGGUUCACAAUCGGAGUCCUCGAGGAAAUUCAAACUUUUCCAAAUUUGAAUCGGAUCAUUGUCAAAAAUGCUCGUAACUUCUCCGCGGAGACGGAUGAUGAACCCGAGGAGCUCGUCGUGCUGAAUCGAAUCACAUCUCUUGAACUGACUCUUGAUCGUCAAUGGAGCAGUGAAAUUGCCCGAAUGAAGCGGCUAAUUGGACCGAAUCUGAAGCACUUUUGCUGCUACGUCACGCCCUGCCAGUCUAAAACUCAAUGGUUUAUCGAAGAAAUCAUGGUGGAAAUGGCGAUUCAUAAUGUCGAACUUGAUCUUUGUCGAUUGGUCUUCCCCGAUCCACAAAUUCCACGAAUUCUAAUCACUGCCUUGAUCCAAUUCAUGUCUGAAAGAUCAAGAAUCAUGCAAGUGUUUGUGUCCACCGACUCAGCUGAUAUCAUUCCAAUGAACAAUCGGGCUCCGGCCGUUGGAAUACAAUUCAGAGAUGAGGAGGAUAACACAUUGAAACUUCUCUACGAUGCAUGUCCACUCAUUUUUCAACAAGCACACACUCUACGAAUCUCAAAUUUGCACGAUGAUAAUUGCGAUCAACUUGAUAUUCUUCCGAAGCUUUAUGCGAUGAGAGAGCUUCAAAUUUCAUGCACUUCUCACAAAGAAGAACUCUCUCCCAUCGAUGAACUUCUUCUCAAAAUCCCAUCCACUGUGAACACUCUCACCCUGAACAGUUGCAAACUGACUUCAGCCUCUAUCGAUAUUCUUGUGUCAUCGACAUUCGAAACUAUCCAGAAUCUUCAUCUUGUCCAGAAUGGAUCUUGUAAUACUGUACAAAACUUUGUAAAAAUUCUUGAGGGAUUUCCAAAUCUCAAAACGUUGGAAAUGGAUAUGGUCAUACCACAUUUGAUGUUUCCAAAGAUUGUUGAGCAUUCGAAUCUAGAAAAGCUCACCGGUUUCACAAAUCGGAGCGCGCCCGAGAAAUCACUUCAAAUUGUGAGUUCUGAUGAUCUGUAUCAAGGGAAAUCAACACAUAAAUUUCAGCUCCGUAAUCACUUUAAUCACGUCUGUCUCAAGAAAGUCGAUCGCCAAAAUCAAUAUCUUUUCCUGGCCAAGCCGAUCCGAUCUCAAUUAUAA